CGCCUGCCGAGUCGGAUACGGUCACUAGACAUAGAAAAACAGCAAUCCCCCAAAUCGACGACUUUCCCAGGGGUUUAUACUUGGAAAAGAAAUGCCUUUCUCUCAACCGUAGAGCAUCUGAAUCGACAAGAACUCCGCGGUAACUCGCCCAUCUCCACGUCGCACGCCAGCAGGCAUGCAUACUUGACCCACCGAGAACGAUCUUGCAUCAUAUAGGGGCGACCAUGCGGGAGACGACGAAGCGUCACCGCGCUCGCAUUGUGUCGAGCGUGGCAGCGACUCUCAUCUCGCUGGCUUGUGGAAGUAAUUAUGUCUACUCGGCAUGGGCUCCGCAAUUCGCAGAUAGGCUGCACCUAUCUGCUACCGAAAGCAACCUCAUCGGCUUGUUCGGGAACCUUGGGAUGUACUCGCUCGGUGUACCUGCUGGCUUGCUCGUGGACAUGAAGGGACCGCGCCCGGCCGUCAUCGUUGGAGCCCUGCUACUCGGGAUCGGAUACUUCCCCUUCCGCGCGUCGUACGACAAUGCCUCGGGCUCUGUCGCAAUGCUGUGCUUCUUUUCGUUCCUGACUGGUCUCGGAGGAUGCACCGCGUUUGCCGGCGCCGUGAAGACGUCGGCACUGAACUGGCCAAACCAUCGGGGCACCGCGACAGCCUUCCCUCUGGCCGCCUUCGGCCUCAGUGCCUUCUUCUUCUCCUUCCUGGGCAGCGUCUUCUUUUCGGGGGAUACGGGCGCAUUUCUCAUGCUACUAGCAGCCGGAACCUUCGGCGUGACCUUCGUUGGCUUCUUCUUCAUUCAAGUGGUACCGCACACUUCCUACCAUGCCCUGCCGAACCAUCCCGGCCUCCGCGGUGCGCAACAACUCCGCCGAACACCGUCCGAAGAGGCGAAGAUCCGCAAUGGACUCCCCGUCCCAGAUAUUGAACCUGGUAUGUCGCCCACCAAGUACACGAAUCCCACAACGUCGGAAGCGAGAGGCCAAGUCGCUCGAGCGGGGUCCCCCAGCUCCCAGGCGGCCAGCGCCGCCCCCGUCGAUGUCGAGGCGGCACCUCCACCAUCCGCUACGGACGAUCCCGAUCAAACAGACGAAACCUCGUCGCUCAUGAGCAAGGGUUCAUCGCUGCCGGGGGAUGUUUUAGUGCAGAGCAGUGUUGAUAUGGAUCGUUCCCACCGUGUAGAUAUCCGUGGUUGGCACUUGCUCCGUAGUCUCGACUUUUGGCUGCUAUUCAGCAUCAUGGGCAUUCUUGCCGGCAUUGGCCUGAUGACAAUCAACAACAUCGGUCACAAUGCCAACGCGUUGUGGAGGCGCUUUGACGAUUCGGUUGGCGAGGACUUCCUGAUUAGACGUCAGCAGAUGCAUGUUUCCAUCCUGUCUGUCGCCAGCUUCUUGGGCAGGCUUCUCAGCGGGGUCGGAUCCGAUUUUCUCGUCAAAGUACUCGGAGCAAGCCGCGUGUGGUGCCUCGUGGUCGCGAGCGGCAUCUUCUGCGUUGCCCAGAUAUUCGCGCUCAGCAUCGCCAACCCGUACUUCCUGUGGCUUGUCUCCAGCCUAUCCGGGCUCGGCUACGGCUUCUUGUUCGGAGUCUUCCCGUCGAUCGUUGCCGAGACGUUCGGCAUCCACGGCCUGAGCCAGAACUGGGGCUUCAUGACCCUCAGCCCCGUCCUUUCGGGCGCCCUCUUCAAUCAGUUUUACGGCUUGAUUUUUGACAGGCAUACUAUCGUUGGCCCGGACGGCGACCGAUCUUGCCUGGACGGCACCGGUUGUUAUCGUGCCGCUUACAUGGUCACCCUGGGUGCUGGCGCACUGGGCCUGCUCGUGACCCUGAUGACUAUCCGACACCAGCAUCGCCAAAGAAUGCAAGAGGAGGCCGAUAGGAUUGCUCGGGACUGAUUGUGGUCGUAUUGAAGAGAGAGAAGGCAUACAAAUACUGGAGGCUGAGACCUGGAGCAUUGUGAGAGAUUCUAAAGGAGGCGUCGUACGAAAGAUCCGUGGCUUGCAUUUCAACACACAUUGGGCGGCGUCUUGAAAGAGGUGGCAGCGGCGUUUGGGAUUUAGAACAUGCCUAUAUAACACUUGUAGUCAGAGUUGGCUGUCCUGUAACUUCCUUGGGGUUUGCAUCGACUUAAUAGAUACCUAUAAUAAGGCUGUAAACAGGUGCAAGAAUGCAAUAAUACAAUUUACAGCCAUACCUCUACUACUUAAAAUACCUC